AGUGGCAGCUGAGCUAUGGGUGCGGACGCGCGGGCCGCAGGGGACCGCGCUGGCAGCGGCCGGCGCGCGGUUGGGCCCUGGACGAGCUCUUUCGCGCCGCGGCCGCUGCUCCCGUCUCUCGCCUUCCUCUUUUUUUUGUUGCUGGUGGUGCUUGGCGCUCGGGCCGCGCGUUACGAGACAUGCCCCAAGGUGCAGCCGGACAUGCUCAACGUGCACUUGGUGGCCCACACACACGAUGACGUGGGCUGGCUCAAGACAGUGGACCAGUACUUUUACGGCAUCCACAAUGACAUCCAGCGAGCAGGUGUGCAGUACAUCCUGGACUCAGUAGUCUCCUCCCUGUUGGCUAAUCCCACCCGCCGCUUCAUCUAUGUGGAGAUCGCCUUCUUCGCCCGAUGGUGGUACCAGCAGACAAAAGCAAAGCAGGAAGUUGUGCGGGAUCUGGUGCGCCAGGGGCGCCUGGAGUUUGCCAAUGGUGGCUGGGUGAUGAAUGACGAAGCGUCCACCCACUAUGGCGCCAUCAUCGACCAGAUGACGCUUGGGCUACGCUUCCUAGAGGACACGUUUGGCAUUGAUGGGCGCCCCCAUGUGGCCUGGCACAUUGACCCUUUUGGCCACUCGCGUGAGCAGGCCUCACUCUUUGCUCAGAUGGGCUUCGAUGGCUUCUUCUUUGGGCGCCUGGAUUAUCAAGACAAGGCGAUUCGGGAGCAGAUGCUGGAGAUGGAGCAGGUGUGGCGUGCCAGCACCAGUCUGAAGCCCCCGGCUGCCGACCUCUUCACUGGUGUGCUCCCCAAUAUGUACAACCCACCAAAGGAUCUGUGCUGGGACAUGCUGUGUGAUGACAAGCCCGUGGUGGACAACCCCUAUAGCCCUGAGUACAAUGCCGACAAGCUGGUCAAAUACUUCCUGGAGUUGGCUGCUGCUCAGGGCCGGCACUACCGCACCAACCACACUAUAAUGACCAUGGGCUCAGACUUCCACUAUGAGAAUGCCAACAUGUGGUUCAAGAACCUUGACAAGCUCAUCCAACUGGUCAACGCCCAGCAGCAGGCCAGUGGGAGCCGAGUCCAUGUUCUCUAUUCCACCCCAGCCUGUUAUCUCCGAGAGCUGAACAAGGCCAACCUGACUUGGUCGGUGAAACAGGAUGACUUCUUCCCUUACGCUGACGGCCCCCACCAGUUCUGGACCGGCUACUUCUCCAGCCGGCCGGCCCUCAAACGCUACGAGCGCCUCAGCUACAACUUCCUGCAGGUAUGCAAGCAGCUGGAGGCACUGGCGGGACCUGCGGCCAACGUGGGACCCUAUGGCUCGGGAGACAGUACGCCCCUCAGUCCCGCCAGGCUCAGUGUCCCACCCAUAGGGGAAGCGGUGGCCGUGCUCCAGCACCACGACGCUGUCAGUGGCACUUCCCGGCAGCACGUGGCUGACGACUACGCAUUCCAGCUUGCUGAGGGCUGGGGACCCUGUGAGGUGCUCCUGAGCAACGCUCUGGCGCUGCUCAGCGGCUCCAAGGAGAACUUCACAUACUGCCGCGAACUCAACGUCAGCGUCUGUCCGCUCAGCCAGACGGCGGCGCGCUUCCAGGUCACCAUUUAUAACCCCCUGGGGCGGAAGGUAAAUUGGAUGGUACGGCUGCCGGUGCGCGGAGGCGUUUUCUCAGUGAGAGACCCCAAUGGCACGACUGUGCCGAGCGAAGUGGUGAUACUUCCAGGCUCAAACAGUCAGGAGCACCCUCCAGAGCUGCUCUUCUCUGCCUCAGUGCCUGCCCUGGGCUUCAGCACCUACUCAGUGUCCCGGGUGCCUAAACGGACCCCCAAGGCCCACACCUAUCGACCCAGGCCCUGGUCCCGUGUCCUGGUCAUACAAAAUGAGCACAUCCGGGCUUCAUUCAACCCUGACACAGGACUCUUGAUGAAGAUUGAGAACCUGGACCAGAACCUCCUACUGCCUGUUCGCCAGGCCUUCUUCUGGUACAACGCCAGUACAGGUGACUACUUAAGCCCCCAGGUCUCAGGUGCCUACAUCUUCAGACCCAAUCAACCAGAACCACUGCCUGUGAGACGCUGGGCUGAGACUCGCCUGGUGAAGACGGCCUUGGUGCAGGAGGUGCACCAGAACUUCUCAGCCUGGUGUUCCCAGGUGGUUCGCCUGUACCCUGGACAGAGGCACCUGGAGCUGGAGUGGACAGUGGGGCCAAUACCCGUGGGCGAUGGCUGGGGGAAGGAGGUCAUCAGUCGCUUUGACACAACAUUGGAGACAGAUGGACGCUUCUACACAGACAGCAACGGCCGGGAGAUCCUGGAGAGGAGGCGAAAUUAUCGGCCCACCUGGGACUUGAGCCAGACUGAGCCAGUGGCGGGAAAUUACUACCCGGUCAACAGCCGCAUUUAUAUUACGGAUGGAAACAUGCAGCUCACAGUGCUGACUGACCGUUCCCAGGGGGGCAGCAGCCUCAGCGAUGGCUCCCUGGAGCUCAUGGUGCACCGAAGGCUGCUGAAAGAUGAUGCACGUGGAGUAGGGGAGCCACUGCAGGAGGCGGGCCUGGACGGUUGGGGGCCAGGGCUGUGGGUGCGAGGGCGCCACCUCCUGCUACUGGACACAGCCAGGACCGCUGCUGCUGGGCACCGGCUGCUGGCGGAAAAGGAAGUCCUGGCCCCGCAGAUAGUGCUGGCCCUGGGAGGUGGCGCCCCCUAUCGCUUGGGGGCUGCCCCGCGCACUCAGUUCUCCGGGCUGCACCAGGAGCUGCCGCCCACAGUGCACCUGCUCACACUGGCCCGCUGGGGCCCAGAGACCCUGCUGCUGCGUUUGGAGCACCAGUUCGCUGUUGGAGAGGACACAGUUGGCAAUCUAAGCUCCCCCGUGACCUUGGACUUGAGGAACCUGUUUUCCACUUUCACCAUCACCCACCUGCAAGAGACCAUGCUGGCGGCCAAUCAGGCUCGGGACCUCGCCUCCCGGCUCCGGUGGACACCCAGCACAGGCCUUCCAACCCAAACCACGCCCUCCUUGCUGGACCCCGCUGCCAUCACGCUACAGCCCAUGGAAAUCCGCACCUUCUUGGCCUCAGUCGAAUGGAAGGAGGAUAUCUACACCCACUCGGAUGCCCCCUUGUGAGCCUGAGUCCCCUCCACCAUGGGUGGGGAUGCUCGCCUUUUUUUCUGUUGCUGCUGCUGCUGCCAAAGAAAAGUCAUUAAAAUGCCACCACCAGGACCCACUUUGA